CACAAACGAACCACAACUCACACACCUCCCCGAACACCACGCGCAUUCUGAACCAACACAUUUCUACACAGCCUCCUCGAAACGAACACCAUGGCAGACGUCGAAAUGACCGACGCGGCACCGAAGAAGGUCAAGGCUGGCGCAAGUGGCGGCGACGCAGCAGACGGAAAGAAGAGGUUCGAGGUCAAGAAGUGGAACGCCGUCGCACUCUGGGCUUGGGACAUCGUCGUCGACAACUGCGCCAUCUGUCGAAACCACAUCAUGGACUUGUGCAUCGAUUGCCAGGCCAAUCAGGCCAGCGCUACGAGCGAGGAAUGUACAGUUGCUUGGGGAAUUUGCAACCACGCUUUCCACUUCCACUGCAUUUCGAGAUGGCUCAAGACGCGUCAGGUGUGUCCGCUGGACAACAGAGAUUGGGAGUUCCAGAAGUAUGGUCGUUGAGCUGGAAGCGGGCGCGAGAAGCUUAGAGAUCAUCGAUACGAGUAUUUGCGACAAGGCGCUGGAGCACAGGCAGACGCAUGGUCAAUCCCCCACGCAUACGGCACGAAGGUGGACGGCUGGAUGAGGCAUUUCACGGCGCAAGGGGCAAAAGUGUUGUCCAAGACA